AUGGGCGACAUUGCCACGGGCGAAACCGCUACGUGCGGAACCUCCAUUCCGGCUGCAAUCCAAAUCGAUUCGAGCAUAAUCUUCAGCCGCAUCAAACAACUUGAGGCAGUCUCGCUCGGCCACCCGAUCCUACCUCUAUCCAGGCUCCCGCCAAUCCCAGAUAAGACUGAUGCUGCCGCCUAUGCAGAGUUCCAGCUGAAGAUUGAUGUCCUCGCCUCAUUCUUCUUGCAACGUGGCGUCGUCUCCCCCGAUUUCCCAUCUCACACCGGCGAGACGCCACUCCUCAUUGCUGUGCGGAUUGGGAGUGGCGCCAUGAUCCAAUGUUUACAUUCACACGGCGCUGAUGUAAACCGUUUUGGUCGCACACAGCUGCCUGACACCGAUGCCGGCCGCACACCGCUACAACUAGCUGCCACACUUGGUAACCUAGCCCUGGUGAAGCUCCUUAUCGAGGAGUGUGGAGCAGAUGACAGAGUUGUAGCACCAGACGGGGCCCUUGCGUAUCGUCUUGCCGCCGCGAACUGCCAUGACGAUGUUGUGGCCUAUCUGCCAAUCCGCCGAGGCGGCAUGUGGCUCAGGUGGAAGAAACGAUCAAAGCUGGUCGAAAAAGCAGGCAAGGGACUACAGGCUGUUGCUGCAUUCAUUGCAAUUUUCGUGUGGAUUAUACCUCGAAAGAUAUUCUACGAGUUCCCCAAGUCAGUGUGGAAAGGGGACACGGUUGGCAUGAAAAUAAGAAGUGGAAUACACCGGGCGUGGGAGGUCAUCGUGCAUCUCUCUGUUCUCAUAUGCCUCAUGUUAUAUGAACUCCCGAAGCAGGCCAUCCUGGGACUUUUGCGAAGACUCAACUCGGUAAAGAAAAGAGAGAAUGGACCAUAG